AUGUUACCUACAAGAUAUCUAUCGAUCAGAGAACUAGUAUUUCGGAAAAUAUUAAAGGCGAGAAAAGAAUCAAAAUGUUCGAGAUUACGGGAAUUAAAGCUUCCACAACUACAUACUGAAGCAUUACAUUUUUACGAGUUAAUUCACUGGGCGACAGAAAAGAUAACUGAACCACCUAUGACUAUGAAAUACGAUGACAGAAAUUACCGAAAUGAUUUCUUCGGGUGGCCAUUUCCUAUCCUUCCAAAAAUUUCCGUGUCACACCCAAGCAGUGGAACUCUGUGUAAAACUGGUUAUAACCAGUAUACUGAAUCUUUAGUCUCAGUUUGUGGAUCGGAAGCAAGAGAUGGUUUCAUCAGAACAAGAAUCAAAGCCAGAAAAGAAUUACCAAAUUUUGAUACCAAAUGUCAGUAUUUUCGCGAAAAAGAAGAUCUCAUUUCUACCAAUAAACACUCCUGA